AUGUCUGCGCCGAAUCCGAACGAUCCACAAACGGCCGAGGGCGACUUCGAGUCUCAGUCUUCUGUCGUGAAUGAGAAAAAGCCAGAUACCGUUGUGGAUUCGGAGUUCCCGGAAGGCGGUUCCCAAGCAGUGAAAACUGUAUGGGGCGCGUUCUGCGUGCUCUUCGUGCAAUUCGGGGUCAUGAACUCGUUUGGCGUCUUCGAAUCACAAUAUGGAGAGGUGCAAUUGAAGAAUAAAACGCCUUCCGAAAUUGCGUGGAUCGGAACGUUCCAGCUGUUCUUCUUUUUCUUUACAGGAGCAUUCGUCGGGCGCGCAUUUGACUCCUUUGGACCUACCGUGCUCAUCGGGCCCGGUUCGCUCUUGCUUGUCUUCGGCCUCAUGAUGACAUCGCUCUGCAAGGAGUAUUACCAGUUCUUCCUCGCGCAGGGUCUUGUCUUUGGUGCAGGGAGUGCUUUAGUCUUCUACCCUGCUUUAAGCUCGAUUGCUCACUGGUACAACAAGAAACGUGGAACAAUGAUGGGGCUUACGACGGCUGGCUCCUCGCUUGGUGGCGUGGUCUUCCCCAUCGCUCUGAACAAGCUCAUUCCGGUGGUCGGUUUUCCUUGGGCUGUUCGGAUUGUCGCCUUCAUCUGUCUCGCAUUCCUUGUUCCCGCAACGAUGCUAAUCAAGUCGCGCCUCCCGCACCGGAAGUUUAAUGACUUCAGCAGCCUGUUGGACUUCGGCGGCUUCACUGAUAUCCGCUACGUGCUUUUCCUGUUCGGAGCUGUCAUAACCAUGCUCGGGACAUACAACCCGUACUACUACGUCGAGACGUUCGCCGUCGUGCACAACUACAGCCCCAGCGUCUCGCUCUAUAUUCUUUCCAUCCAGAAUGCUGGUUCCUUCUUCGGCCGUAUCAUUCCAGGUGUCCUCGCUGACAAGAUCGGCUUCGUCAACGUUAUGGCGCUCGCGUGUACCACGGCAGGCAUGGUUCUCUUCUGCUGGCUCUCCGUCGAUAGCGCCCCAGGCCUGAUUGGCUGGGCUGUAUUCUACGGCUUCACCAGCGGGGCCUUCAUUGCUUUGAUGCCUGCUUGCAUUGGUCGUUUCACCCCAGACACGACCAAGUACGGUGGUCGCGCGGGUCUCCUGUUCGGUUUCGUCGGCUUCUCCGCACUCGUUGGCCCGCCGAUUGCUGGUGCACUCAUCAACCAGGACCAUGGUAGUUUCCAGCACAUGAUCAUUUUCUCUGGCGUUGUAUGCCUUGUCGGGGCCGCAUUCUUCUGGGGGGCGCGCUUUAUUCGCGAGCCGGGGCUGUUCGUCAAGUUCUGA